CGACACGAGUGGCGCUUAAGUAGUCAUCAAACGAUCAGACGAUUGGUUUGUCUGUUUAGUGGCGGUGAGUGAGUGAGUGAGUGAGUGAGUGAGUGAAUGAAUGAACAGUGACUUCACUAUUGAGUGUGUAAUGAAUGAUAGAGAGAGUGUGUGUGUCUGUGAGUGAGUGAGUGUUUAGUGACAACAAUAGACACAACAAACACAACAAUAACAACAACGACAAGAUGUCGGACAGCGAAGACAAUGGCAGUCAAGACGAAGAUAGUCGGCCACAGAAAUCGGUUCCACCGCUUAAAAUCAAAUUACCGGUUCGCGAAUCAGGUCGACCGAAACGUAAUGUUCGCCAAAGGAAGCCAUCGCAAGAUUUGGCCGACGAUAUUACCGACAACGAUGAUGACGACGAUGACAUUGCAAUGACUAAGACAAAGAAUUCGUCGUCGCGAUCGACAAAAAGCCGACAAUCGGCGGCCAAAGAGUCGGCCGCUGCCGCCGCCUCUACAUCUUCAGCUGAUCCACCGUCGAGACGAUCGGAGCGGAUAUUUUUGUCGGCAACCAAAAAGAAUACGGUCGACAAAGACACGGAUGACGACGAUUUUGAAGACGCGGACGAUACAGUUGCCGACGAUAACAGCACCGCCAUUGAGCACAAAGAUUAUUGUCAGACCUGUAGACAGGGCGGCGAACUUAUUCUCUGCGAUUACUGUCCCCGAGCUUACCAUAAGGUGUGCGUCGACGACGAUAUGACAGAUGUUCCGGAAGAUUGGUUGUGUCCGCACUGCGAGAAGAACGGCAAACCGGAAAAACCGGAGACAUCGACCAAAUCUAAACGUAAGGUCAACACCAGCGCAGUCGACACGAAGAAAAGUAGUUCCAAAAAGCCAAUGGCCAAGAGUUCGGCGCCAAUUGAAAACCAUGACUACUGCGAAAUUUGUAACCAAUGCGGCGAACUAUUGCUUUGCGAUACCUGUCCGCGAGCCUAUCAUUUGGUUUGUAUGGAUCCCGACAUGAAGGCCGUGCCUACCGGUGUCUGGAGUUGUCCGCAUUGCGAAGAGUACGGAUUUGAAACCAACGAUUCGCCGCCACCCGAACCACAGGAAAAGGCUGAAAAAAUCUUAUGUAAAGGCUGUCGACAACCGGGUGAUGACAUAAUAUUUUGCCGCACGUGUCCCACCAGAUAUCAUCCGCGGUGUAUGAAUCCACCAAUUGAUCCAUCAGACAUACCGGACGAAUGGCAGUGCGCGCCGUGCAGUGCCGAACCAUUAGAGGGAAAAGUCCAGCGUAUAAUCACUUGGCGAUGGAAAGUGAAUCCUGAAUCUGAAGAUAAAGAGGUUAAACCUAAGAAGAAAGAGAAGCGCGAACGAGAGUUUUUUGUCAAAUGGAAGGAUCAGUCAUAUUGGCACUGUUCGUGGGUAUCGGAGCUUCAGAUAAUGGUGUUUCACUCGCUUAUGUAUAGAUCAUAUUCAACCAAAAACGACAUGAAUUAUCCGCCGCCAUUCGAGGAAGGCUAUCGCGAUCCGGGACCAGUGGCGAAUCUGGCCGCUCCAUCAUCCGAUGGGACCACCGAGGAAGGAGAACCGACAGCGGCUACAGGUAUGCGAAGACGGCGCAACCGGUAUUCAAAUAACGACGAAAGUUUGGUCAACAAUUAUCUGCGUUACGGUAUUCGUCCCGAUUGGCUACAAAUACAUCGGGUGCUAAAUCACCGAAAGACACGCGGAAAGAUUCACUAUACGAUAAAGUGGCGCGAAUUGCCGUACGAAGAUUGUACCGUCGAGUUUGAACCCGAUCAUUGUCCGUUCGAUAUACCCGAUUACGCCAAGAAAGUGCAAGACUAUUGGAAUCUUCGCAAUUUGGUCGAAGAUGAAGCCAAAGCUGAGAAGAAGACCAGAGAUAAGGAAGAAAAACGAAAGGGAAAAGAUAAGGACAAGAAAGAGAAGAAGAGCAAGAAAUCAGAUCCGAAGAAAAAGUGGGAGAAACAGCCCGAAUGGAUACCCGAACCGUUAGAACUUCACGAAUAUCAAAUGGAUGGUAUUAAUUGGCUCCGGUAUUCGUGGGCUAACCAAACGGAUACCAUUCUAGCCGACGAAAUGGGUUUGGGAAAGACUAUCCAAACUAUUGUCUUUCUCUACUCGCUAUACAAAGAGGGCCACACAAGAGGUCCUUUUCUGAUAACAGCACCGCUUUCGACAAUCAUCAACUGGGAACGUGAACUGGAAGACUGGGCGCCCGAUUUCUAUGUUGUCAACUAUACCGGCUUAAAGGACAGUCGUAUCGUAAUCCGCGAAAACGAGCUCAGCUUUGAUUCCGACGCUGUCCGCAGUGUUACCAAAGCGACUAAACUUCGCAAACACGUAACCGUCAAGUUUAACGUAUUGUUGACCUCAUACGAGCUAAUCAAUAUGGAUUCGGCACUAUUGGGAUCAAUUGACUGGAAGGUAUUGGUGGUGGACGAAGCUCAUCGAUUGAAGAGUUCUGGUUCGCUGUUUUUUCGUACAUUAAACUCCUAUCACGUCGAACACAAACUAUUGUUAACGGGAACACCGUUGCAGAACAAUCUGGAAGAGCUGUUCAAUUUGUUGAAUUUCUUGAGUCCCGACAGGUUUUGCGAUAUGGAGGGCUUUCUCAACGAGUUUGCCGAGAUUGCCAAAGAGGAACAGGUGAAGAAGCUGCACGACCUGCUCGGACCACAUUUGUUGCGUCGACUUAAGGCCGACGUACUCAAGAAUAUGCCGUCGAAGAGCGAGUUUUUGGUUCGCGUCGAUUUGGCACCGCUUCAGAAAAAAUAUUAUAAAUUUAUAUUAACCCGAAAUUUCGACGCAUUAAACAUUAAAGGCGGCGGAAAACAAGUGUCACUUUUGAAUAUAGUGAUGGAUCUGAAAAAGUGUUGCAAUCAUCCCUAUCUGUUCCCAACGGCUGCAACGGAGGCGCCCAAAACCCGAAACGGUUGGUAUGAAGGAUCGGCGCUGACCAAGGCGUGCGGUAAACUAGUAUUAUUGCAGAAAAUGAUGAGAAAACUAAAAGACGAGGGCCAUCGUGUCCUCAUAUUCUCUCAAAUGACACAAAUGUUGGAUCUGUUAGAAGACUUUUGCGAAUACGAACAAUACAAAUACGAACGCAUCGAUGGCUCGAUUACCGGUACCAUCAGACAGGAUGCCAUCGAUCGAUUUAACGCUCCCGGAGCCCAACAAUUUGUAUUUUUAUUGUCCACACGUGCCGGCGGUUUGGGCAUCAAUUUGGCCACUGCCGACACUGUUGUUAUCUAUGAUUCCGAUUGGAAUCCUCACAAUGAUAUCCAGGCGUUCAGUCGCGCCCAUCGUCUCGGUCAGGCCAACAAAGUGAUGAUCUAUCGGUUUGUUACCCGCGGUUCUGUUGAGGAAAGGAUACAACAGGUUGCCAAGAAAAAGAUGAUGUUAACACAUUUGGUGGUCAGACCCGGUCUCGGUAGCAGCAAAAACCAGGCUGCAAUGUCCAAACAAGAAUUGGAUGACAUUCUCAAGUUUGGUACCGAAGAACUUUUUAAAGAAGAAGAAGGCAAAGAAGACACUGCCAUUCAUUAUGAUGACAAAGCUAUUGAAGGUUUGCUCGACCGAACUCAAGAGGGUAUUGAACAAAAGGAGAUGUGGGCCAAUGAAUAUCUGAGUUCAUUUAAAGUGGCCAACUAUGCCACCAAAGAGGCCGAAGAAGUGGAGGAAGAGGUGAAACCGCAGUCAUCGGAAGAGCCCGAUCCGCAAUACUGGGAAAAACUGUUGGGCGCUCACUAUAUUCAACAUCAGGAGAACAUUCAGAGAACCCUCGGUAAAGGCAAACGUGUCCGCAAACAAGUGAACUAUAGUAUUAGCGCCGAACAAAAUGAAUACGCAAACAACGAAUCGUCGUCCAGUUCUGAUUACUCUAUGGGAUCGGAUCUUAGCUCUAAUGACGAAGAUUUUGACCUGAAAGCCGAAGAAGGUCAACGAACCAGUAGACGACACAAACAUGGAAAAGAAAAAAUGCCACCACUUGUGGCUGUCAUCGGUGGUAACACUGAGGUCUUAGGAUUUACAGCCAAACACCGCAAAUCGUUCUUAGAUGUGGUCAUGAGAUUUGGUUUGCCUCCGCAGGAGCAGAACAUUACCGAAUCUCAAUGGUAUAUUCGUGACCUGAAAGGCAAAUCGGAGAAACAUUUGCGCGCCUAUACCUCGCUGUUUGUUCAACAUCUGUGCGAUCCGGGAGAACUGCAGUCCAAGACAUUCGAAGACGGCGUACCCAAAGAGGGAAUCAAUGUUAACCAAGUGUUGGCCCGAAUCGGAAUGGUUUCGCUCAUAAGAAAGAAAGUACACGAAUAUGAAGACAAAUUCGGUUUGCAGAGCAUUAAGCCGAAGAAGAAGAAGCUUAAGAUUGUCAACGAAAAGUCUACCGAAUUUGCUGAGUUCGAAGACAGUGACAGUCAAAAUGUUAGCAAAAAAGAAACCGAUGGCAAAACAGAAUCAGUUGCGGAAACGACUGCAAACAAUAAUGGCUCGAAACCCGACGAAUCUGUGGAAGGAGUUAAACCGAUUGAUGAAGAAAAAAUGGAAGUAACCAAUGAUGUGACAAAUGGUACCAAAUCGGAGACCGAAACUGUCAAACCAGAUGAAGAGAAUAAGAUAAAUGGCGAAGAAGUCAAAGAUGUUGAUAUGAAAGACGUCGAAGAGACUAAAGAGGUUGUGGAGAGUAAUGAAAAUCAUGAGCCAAAACCUACUGUCGAAAAGAAAGACGAAACCAAAGAAGCUGUUGAUACAAAUGCAAAACCGGUUGAAAUGGUUGAAUCAGAUGAAGAAGAGCCCACAACUGUAGAAGCGUUUGACUUUCACAUCAGAGACGGCGGACUAACCGAAUUGAACACAUUGUGGCACUUCGAGGAACAGGAGCUAAAACCGGGCAAAGAAGCUCUGGUUUGGAAUAAACGUCACGACUAUUGGCUGUUGGCUUCACUCGUCAAACACGGCUACGAACGAUGGAAAGACAUCGACAACGACGAAGAUUUUAAACUGUUGACCGAACCGUUCAAGAAUACACUGAACAUUAAGAAUAAAUUUAUGGAACGACGUCUUCGUCUGCUGGAACAGGCUUUGGUCUUCGAAGAACAGUUCCGACGAACGGGUCAUUUGGCACGAUUAGUGGCCAAUGAAGACACCGAUAACAACAAAGAUGAACAAAUGGAAGACGAUGAGAGUCAAGAUUCUUCGGCCGCCGCUGACGACGUCAAUGACGAGAACAAGCCGUUGAACGCAUCACUCCAUCGGUGUGUCAAUAAUCUGGAAGAUCUGAUGACAGACAUGAAGAGCGACUGCGGCCGCAUUCCGCAGACUGUUCAACGAAUACCGCCGAUUGCACAACGAUUACAGACAUCGCAGCGCGCGUACAACCAAAUGGGUUACCAAAAGAGACAAUUGUCACUAUAAGACAUAACCAAUAGUUGUAGAAAUUCUUCAAUUAUCUCAAAUAAUGGACUUAACUAUUGAUUUAGUAUUUUCUCACUUAUUAUUUAUUUUUUUAUAAUUAAUUGCAAACAAUUUCAAAAUAACCGUUUUUU